AACAAAUGCAAAAUGGUGUCAGGAGGACAGAUAAAAUCCAUGAAACAGAAACUUUCAUUUGCAUGUUAACAAAUUAUAGGUAGGCAUUCUGUAUGAAACUACAUUAUGAGUACCAGCUAAACUGUAUAGGCAUAACUGGAGGGGGUCUCUAUGAAGAUAUUUUGGAUUCCAUCACAAGGCAUUAAUUGGGAUACUUUUAAGUCUUUCUGUAAUCGAAGAGAAGAAAUCAUUCUUCCAUCAAGCAACAACGUAUGCCUCAUUCUGCAGCCGGUAAUCUAAAUAGAUGUAAAGAAAACAAUAUCAGGGAUUGGCAGAUAUGCUAAGUAUAGUAGAAAGCCUCCUCAUUUUUAUAUCAGUUAGUCAGUCAAUAUUGGGGUUUUUAGGGAAUGGAUUUAUUGGACUUGUAACCUGCAUUGACUGUGUGAAAAACAAGAACAUCUCUAUGAUCAGCUUUAUUCUCACUGGCUUAGCUACUUCAAGAAUUUGUCUGAUAUGGUUAAUAAUUAUAGAUGGAUUUAUAAAGAUAUUCUUUCCAGAUUUAUAUAUUUCUGGUAAACUAACUGAAUACAUUAGUUACUCAUGGGUAAUUGUCAAUCAUUCAAGUAUCUGGUUUGCCACCAGCCUCAGCAUCUUCUAUUUCCUGAAGAUAGCAAAUUUUUCCCACCACAUUUUUCUUUGGUUGAAGGGUAAAAUCAAUAGGGUUCUUCUCAUUCUGAUGGGAUACUUGUUUAUUUCAUGGUUAUUUACUUUUCCACAAGUUGUGAAGAUUAUUAGUGACAGUAAAAAGAAGAAUGGAAGUUCAUUCUGGCCACUCAACAUGCAUAAACUUGAAUACUUUAUGAGCCAGUUUUUGCUCAAUCUGGGUGUCAUUCUCCUCUUUAUACUAUGCAUGAUUACAUGUUUCUUAUUGAUCAUUUCUCUUUGGAGGCACAACAGGCAGAUGCAAUCGAAUGCCACUGGAUUCAGAGACCCCAGCACAGAAGCACAUAUUAAAGCAAUGAAAAUUGUGAUAUCUUUUAUCAUCCUCUUUAUCUUGUAUUUUAUAGGCGUUGCCAUAGAAAUAUCAUGUGGUACUCAGCCAGAAAACAAACUGCUGUUUAUUUUUGGUAUGAUAACCACAGCCAUUUUUCCUUGGGGUCACUCAUUUAUCCUAAUUCUAGGAAACAAGAAGCUAAAGCAAGCCUCUUUGAAGGUACUGAAGCAAUUAAAGUGCUGGGGAAAAGAGAAACUUCUCAGAACUCCAUGAUUACCUUGGUGAGAAAUGGGUGGUCCAAGAAAACAAUUCAGUAAAGAAAUCCCUGAAGACCUCUUUCACUUGCAUUCUUUCUCGCAUUGGUUUUAACUGUUAUUGAACAUCACUAAAAUCUUCCAUAAUGACUGACUACAUUUCAGAGGAUCUCACUCUUCAAUGAGACUUUAAUCCCACAUACAAAUUGAGUGGCUCAGUCAGCUUUCCUCCCUUGAAAUUGCUUCUUCCCACAUCCCCCAUCGCCAGAGGAAAAAACAGCUUGGAGACUAUUCAAUAUAAAGAUGCUAAUGGUGGGAAUAAGUCUCUAAAACAAAAUUUCUCAUUGUGCUUUAUAUGACUUCCCUAAAGCAUUGACAGCCCUUCACCAGGAAAACCCAAAGAAAAAGAAACCAAGACAAAGAAAAAUUAUAAUCAGUCUUGCCACUUAGAACAUGGAAGUGAGAAAGACAGGUGCU